GCUGCAGUCAAUCGUCGAGAUGUGCUCAACAAGGGACUUGAUCAUUAUCAUGGGAGACCAAACUGCCAAGUUUGGAACGGACAACACUGGAUAUGAAGACAUCAUGAGACGAUACGGACUGAGAUAAAUGAACGAAACUGGUGAGAGAUUUGCAAACCUAUGUGUUACGUCCAGGUUUUGCUCGUUCCAGUUAUUGUAGAACAUCCCGCGCUAAUUUCAAAAAGGGCAGUGAUUUUUGAACUUGUUGUGAUUAUACUUGCUUUUGGUACUUAUUGCACUAAAAAGCAUUCUUGGUCUACUUUAACUAAGAGUUCUUUGUUUAAAGUUUGAAAUUUUUUGCUACAUUUUGUCCUGGGUACCUGUUUUUAGUCCUUGACUAACACUUGUGUUCACAUUGUUAUCAUUUUUUGUUUUUAAACCUUUUAAAUCGAAUUACGAUGGUUGGUAAGACUCACAAAUGUGGGCAACCAAAUUGUUUGUUUUCCGUUGAGGAGGGAAUGCAGUGUGACGACUGUAAAAAGUGGUAUCACAAAAUGUGUACACGACUAAGUCCGACGGCUUACAAAAGAUGCUCGAAGCCUAACUCGCAUUGGCUUUGUGUGUUCUGCUGCACGGAUAAAAAGGUACUAAUACAGGAGGCUAUAGGCCUAUUGGCUUUGGCCUGCAAGAAAAACGAUGACGGAAGCACUGAUAACAGGAGCACUGACGAUGAAGAAUGUGUCAGUGUAGUAAGUGCUGCUACUGGACCCAUUAAACACCUGACUGCGGUUGACGGGAGCGUGAAAUCUCCGUUGACAUUAACGAGAAAUGAAGUAUCGCUUGAUAUUGACAUCGGCAGUCAUACACCUCUAGUCGAAAUAGAAGAUCCGGAUAAAACUGUCACCGUUUCACAUAGUCCAGGUGUGGCUGUUCUGAGUGGUGACAAAUGGACUUCGGUAAGAAGAAAAAAAAUAAGAAGAAAAAGGCUGUAGGCAAAACGCAGCUGGUCAGCAAGACGUUGGAAGGGACUUUAUCAGAAGAAAAAUCCUCACCGCGUGAAAAGACAGAUCUCUCUGAGAGAUCAGUCAUUUUUCAUAAGAUAAGAGAAUCUUCAGACACUGAACCAAAGGCAAGAUUUGAACAUGAUCUCAAUCAUAUUAAGACAUCAUUAAGUAAACUACUCCCAGAUACAGUUUCAGGAGUUAGUAUUUGUAAGCUUUAUAGAAUAGGAAAAAAGGUGGAUUCCGAAAGUCCUCAGAAAAACCGCCUCCUGAAGGUUACAUUCAACACGGUGGAAGAAAGGAACCUGGUUCUAAGUAAUUCACGUAAACUGAUUGGAUCCGGAAUAUAUGUCCGUGAGGACCUCAGCCUAGCUGAUCGUAUUAAGAGAAGAGCCGCAGAAGCGGAAAUAAACGAGCGUCGCCGAAACGGUGAAAGAAACCUCGUUCUUAAGGGUUUUCAGAUUGUAAAAGUUCGGAGCAAAACGAUCCCCAAGCCACUCUGGGUGGCAAGGGAAAGCUCUCCACAAACUUAAAAGUGUGCUACACAAAUGCUCGCAGUCUACUAAAUAAAAUGGCGGAGCUGAAGUCAGUGGUGGAUAAAGAAAAACCGGACGUUAUCGCUGUCUCGGAAACUUGGUUAACGUCAGAAGUAUUAGAUAGUGAAAUCCAAUUGACCGGUUUCAUAACCAGUAGGGCCGAUAGAUUAAACCGAAGGGGAGGCGGGGUUAUUGUGUACACGAAAAGUACCCUAACCAUAAGAUUAGCUGAGACAGUAGCACAUGUUUCAGGGACAUGUGAACUGGUGAGAUGUAAGUUGAAAUGCUGAAGGCAAGAUAUUGAAGUAGUUGUAGUUUAUCGCAGUCCAGAAUGUGUAGCAGAUGAUUUUCUCCUCAGUAAACUUAAGUCCUGGUGUAACAACGGUAAAAGCCUUGUAGUAGGCGACUUUAAUGCACCAUAUAUAAACUGGGUUAACUUAGAAGUAGAGUCAUCUAUGUCGUCGUUCGACUCCAAACUGUUAGAAACCUCGAUUGAACUAGCAUUAUCCCAACACAUUAGAGAUCCCACAAGAUACGACUUAAGAAACUCUUCCUCUCUUUUAGAUUUAGUCUUCACACACGGUGAUGACGUUGGUCAAACGGCUUUUCUCCCACCACUUGGGAGAAGUGACCAUGCAGUCAUCUUAUUCAAAUUCAUGGUUGAAAUUGCUUCUCAAACAAUUGCGCCGGCCCGUCCCAACAUAUGGAAGGCAGAUAUGCAGGCAAUUAACUCCGCAGCAUCGGCUGAGAACUUGGAAAUUGACUCAAAGGCAUCAGUACAAGAGGCAUGGACUCUAUUCAGGCAGUUAUACAAUCGGGUAACUCAACCAUAUAUACCCUGGACUGUCCCAAAGGAAAAGAAGCACGGACAUCCCUGGUUAGGGCGGGAUAUUCGACGCUUACUAAGACAAAAGAAGAAAUGCUGGGAUGUUGCCAUCCGCCUUGGCACAGCAGGUACGAUGGAACACUACAGAUCGAUAAGAAACGAGUGUAUAACUAAAAUUCGGGAAGCGCAAAGAAAAUAUGAAAUGCAGCUGGCAGAAUCUGCACUCAAGCAGCCCAAGAGGAUAUUCUCGUACAUAAACUACAGAACAAGGAGUCAUCACUGGAUUCCCAACCUAAUUAAAGUAGGAAGUGAAUCUGAAAUGAUAGAGGAAGAUCAGGAAAAAGCUGAGGUUAUGGCUGACUAUUUUGGGGCAGUUUUCACUCAGGAACCUCCUCUAGAGAAAGAAUAAGACCCAAUUACAGAGUCAACAAACCACCUGCUCACCAUGGACUUCGACCAAAACGAUGUGCUUAAGGCUCUUAGCACCCUAAACAUGGAGAAGUCAACAGGACCAGAUGAACUACACCCUAAAAUCUUGAGACAUAUUGCCGAAUAUAUCGCAGCCCCACUGACUGUGAUAUUCAAAAUGUCACUUGACCAAGGUGUGUUACCUAUGGACUGGAAGGACGCAAUCGUCACUCCCAUACAUAAAACUGGUCUACGACAAGUUCCAUCAAAUUACAGACCCGUAAGCCUCACCAGUGUUGUAAUUAAAAUACUGGAAAGGAUAAUCAAACGGACCAUAACAGCAUUUAUGGAAACCAAUAACUUGCUGAACAUGGCACAACAUGGUUUUAGAAAGGGUCUAUCCUGUACAACGAACCUCCUUAUAGCUAGGGAGCUCUGGAUUAAUGCGCUAGACAAUGGAAACUCAGUGGAUGUUGUCUACAUAGACUUCAGUAAGGCUUUUGACAAGGUGCCAACUAAUAGACUGCUAUUAAAGUUGGCAAACCUUGGUAUUGCCGGACCUCUUUUAAAAUGGAUUAAGGAUUUCCUAGUAGGUCGUAGGCAAAAAGUAAGAAUAAAUUCCAAGUGCUCCAUCUGGAGACCAGUACUUAGUGGAGUACCCCAAGGUUCCGUCCUAGGUCCUUUACUUUUUAUAAUGUACGUUAAUGAUCUUACAAGUAUAGUACAGUCUCCAAUGUUAUUAUACGCUGACGAUGCAAAAAUUUGGCGAGUUAUAACUGGAGACAAAGACGCAUUUACUCUUCAGGCGGACUUAAAUAAUAUGAUAAACUGGUCUAAAGAGUGGCUAAUGCCUAUCAACUCGGAAAAGUGUGUCUACAUGCACUUGGGGGAUUCAAAGGUUAAAACGUACAACAUAGGGGAUGUGUCAUUACCCGUAGUCCGGUCUCAUAAGGACCUAGGGGUGACAGUGAGCAAUGAUCUUAAGACGACGGCCCAUUGCCGGGAGGUCGCAGUUAAGGGGUUUCGAACCCUCUGGGCUUUAAAAACGACAUUCACUAAGCUUGAUACUACCAUGUUCACCACAUUAUACACAUCCUUAGUGAGAACUAAGUUAGAGAACUGUGUUCAGGCUGCAAGCCCCUGUUUAAAAGGUGACUCAGACAUACUAGAAAAGGUACAGAGGGCAGCUACGUGUGCAAUUCCGGAACUCCGGGGUGUAUCAUAUAAAGAGCGGCUUGAAAAACUGAACCUCUUUACUCUGUCCUAUCGCAGACUAAGGGGAGAUCUAAUUUUGAUGUACAGAAUACUGAGAAAUGAUUUCGGACCUAACUUAUUCUCUCUCUUUCUUCCCACUAGAUCGGGACACCUCAGAGGACAUAGCAGGCGAGUAGAAAAGCCAAGAACGAACAAAAUACCCGUGGCAUACAGGUUUUCACACCGAGUCAUCAAUACUUGGAACCUGCUACCUGAAGCAGUGGUAUCCGCACCUUCAAUUGACUCUUUCAAGAGAAGACUGGACACUCACAGAAGCAUACUAGAAAAGGAAUAACACAGGCCGUAGGCCUUCUGUCCUUACUACACAAAUCUGAAUCUGAAGUACGGACUAUCGAUCUACUUGCAAAUUACGGACCCAAAUUAACAACAGAACCAAGCUCCAAUUUGUGUAUCAAAUUUAUUCGUAAUUCACAAAUAGUCGACCAAACGUCGUUCAAACAACAAUGAUUAUAACAAUUACAAAACAAACCUUCAAUUUUGUAGGUUCCCGGAGCAAAACUCCCAAAUACCAAACCAAAGAUAAAGAGAGCACCAAAAUACCAAACCAAAAUGUCCGAAAUAAUGAUAUAAACAGACAAGUUCAAAAGUUAAGUAAAACAAUUACAUCCAAAAACACAGUAAAUUAUUAAUGUACAAUAAAAGAUUUUAAUCCGCCAAAUGUCUUCAGUUCUCCCGUAACACUAUGUGCCUUCAAUAAACUGGUCAUAGGCGGCACCAUAUUGUGGUGGACCAAACAAUAUAUAAACGCAAAAGUAUCAACAAAGUUAAUAGCAAUCAAUAGUAAUAUUAAUAUUUACAAGUUAAAUGUUACAAAUGCAAUAACAAAUUAGGGACGUUACUUAAAUCGGCUAGUCGUUGCGUGUUCUGUUGAGUUUUGGUCUCAAAAAUCCACAAUUAUAAAUGCAUAAUAAUUCCACAGAGGUAAAUAUGACGCCAAUAAGUUUCUUUGAUGUAGGAUAUAAUGGAAAUGACACUGCAGUCUGAAAUGAGGAUAAUAUCCAGUUUAGAACGCAAUUGACUUGGUAACGAGCGAGAAUAGAACAAUGGGUAUGUGCGUAAUAGUGUAUUUGUGAGCAAUCGAAAAUGUGUGUCACGCUAUGUUAGAAUUACAACGGAAAAAGUGUUCAAGGUCGUUGACUAAAACAACACGUACAGUCAUUUAAUGAUAAAUGUACAUACAGUGAAAAAUUGACAAAACAAAUAGAAAUAACAUUGAAAACUAUUUACAAAAUAAGGUUGUCAGGUCUAUCUCCACAUAGCUCCCCCCAGAGUGUCCGGAGGUAACACUGGUUACAAUAACAAUAAUAAAAAUUUUAUACCAAAAAAAAAAUUUACAAUAAUAACCAAUUAACAAUGUGGAGAUGCGUAUGACAUGUACGUUAACAAUAUACAGUGUGUUAUUGAGUGAAAAUAGUGGUGAUAUGGCAUAGCAUGACAAACAAAAGUAAUGAGAAUACCGUCAUUUAAAAGCUUGGUUUGCCAACAAUGAUAAUAAUGUGCAGACUGUUACUGACCCCCCAAAAAAAUGAACUGCUUAUUUUGUGUGUGUGUGUGUGUACAACAAAUGAAUAAUUAAAUAGAGUUUACUCGUUUAUUAUUGUAACAAAUUUUUUUCUAUGAAAAAAAUGUGACAAAACGAAUAAUUGUGGGGAAAAAAAUAUGGUUAAUUAUGUACACUGUAAAAAAAAGGGAAAAAAAACAUCAUGGAUUUUGUUAGGAAAAAUCGGGUGAGUAUGAUCGUAUAGUACAUCAGUAAUUGUUUGUUUAGAUUUUUUUUAUUCGGCGAAAUGUACAUAGCGUUUGGGUUUUCUACGGCUCUGCCUGAGCGCGUUAAACAAGUAGGUUUGAUACUCAGUUUUUCUUCCCUGUCUGCUGUAGUGGUGGUUGCUGGACGGGGUUGGUUCAGUGAAAUAGUAUGUUCUUUGUCAAGUUGUGCUUCGUAGAAAGCAGGCUUUAUUCUAUCGAUAGCGAUAGUCUCUUUCUUUCCACACUUGUUGAUUAUGAAGUGUUUGGUCGUUCUUUUAAUUACUUGAUAUGGUCCUUCAUAAGGUUGUUUCAAUGGCUUUUUAACAGCAUCAACUCGAACAAAGACAAACUUGCAUGUUUCUAGAUUUCUGUUGAGUUGUAUUCGAUUGUUAUGUUCACGAGGCGGUAUGGCUUUGAUUCGUUGCAUGGUUUGCAGCAGUUGGCUAGCAAAACGACUUGGGUCCGUUGGUGUUAAAGUGUUUGGGUCCACUAGUUGACCUGGUAAUGUAAGGGUUGUACCGUAAACUAGCUCAGCAGCUGUACAACCUAUAUCUUCCUUUAUAGUUGAACGGAUACCCAGGAGUACAAGUGGUAAUGCGUCACUCCAUUUUGUCGUAUCAUCUUGUGCCAUCAGCGAGCUUUUCAAUUGGCGGUGAAAUCUUUCGACCAAGCCGUUAGCUGCUGGGUGGUAGGCUGUUGUUUUGAUGCGGUUCACGCCCAGAAGUCUUGUGAAUUCCUGAAAUAAGAUAGACUGAAACUGGGGACCACGGUCGGUAGUGACGAUAGAAGGUACUCCGUAAUUUGCUAUCCAACGGUCAAGGAAUACGCCGGCUACUGUUUCUGCAGAAGUAUCAGCAAUAGGGCAUGCUAUGGCCCAUCUUGUGAACCUGUCCACCGCAGUGAGAAUAUGAGUGAAUGAAUUAGAUGGUGGCAAUGGACCAACUAUGUCUAAGUGGAUAUGCUGAAAACGUUUUUCCGGCAGGGGAUACUUGCCAACUGGACUGAUCGUGUGCUUCUGAAUCUUGCUGCGUUGACAUUGUAGGCAGCUUCGCGUCCAUCGUUUUAUAUCUGAAUUGAUUUUUGGCCACACAAAACGCUCAGUAACCAAUUUGAUUGUGGCUCUGAUUCCUGGGUGAGAAAGGUCAUGCAGUUGAUGAAAUACCUGUCGACGACAUGCUAGAGGUACAAAAGGGCGAUUGUUACCCGUUGAAACAUCGUAAAUGAUAGAUGUAUUUGAGAAAGGGAUGGGUACUGGUUUAAGGUUCAAGUUAGACUUCUCCUGGCAGGCCUUCAAAUCUGCAUCGUCUACUUGUAGUUUUGCGAUGGUUUCUAGAUCGAUGUCUUGUUUACGUAACAGGGUAUUUACGUCCUUACGUGACAAUGCGUCAGCUACGACGUUGGUGUGUCCUUUGACAAAUUGGAUAUGUGUCGUAAACUGGGAGAUGUAAUCCAGUUGUCGUGCUUCGCGAGGUGAAUGUCGGUCGUACGAUGUGUGGAAUGAGUAACAUAAAGGUUUGUGAUCGGUCAUGAUGGUAAAAGUUCGUCCUUGUAGUAAAAAGUUAAAGUGUUUAACGGCUAAGUAGAUAGCAAGUAACUCCCGUCCAAAGGUACUAUAGCGUUCCUGGGCUGGUGACAAUCUUUUGGAGAAAAACGCUAUGGGGGUAGUCAUAUUGUUUACCUGUUGUUGUAAUACUGCCCCGACGGCUUUUUGAGAUGCAUCGGUACACAGAAUUAAGUGGGUUGUGGGGUCAGUAUUUAGAUAUUGUAGCAUGGUGGCAUUAGCUAUCAUCGACUUUGCUUUUUCAAACGCUGUUUUGGCAUCAAGAGAUAGGUUGAAUGUUUGAUUCUUCUCUCUCUUCGUACCUUUUUUGUCGGCUUUCAACAGAUCGGUUAAUGGCUGUAAUACUUCAGCACAAUGUGGUAAGAAACGGCGGUAAAAAUUACACAUACCGAGGAAGCGUCGUAAUGACUUCACCGAGGUUGGUUCGGGAUAAUUGGUAAUAGCUUCAACCUUUUCUGGGAGUGGUUUGAUGCCUUGAGAGUCAAUGUAAUGUCCUAAAAACUCUAAGGCUGGGACUGCGAAUAUGCAUUUCGAAGGAUUGAUGACGACGCCAUGUUUUUAAAACGAUCAAAAAGGGUCUGGACAUGUUGGAUAUGCUCUUCUAAAGAUGAGCUUGCAAUGAGAACAUCGUCGAUGUAGGCAAACACGAAAUCAAG